UGGCUUUUAAGAUGAAAUAUACCAGAAGAAGCUUGUAUACUUCUUCUAACAUCUGUUCAUAUCUAAAAAUUAUAGCUUAGGGGGCUCAACAUAGGAAUGAUGUCAUAUAAUGGCUUAGAAGCUUGCAUCAACAACAAUCAAUCUUUACAAGGAGAAAGUGGAAGAAGCCGAGGAGAUGAGUGCUUGACUGAAUCAUUGGAUGAUGAUGCAUUUUCAAGCUGUUCAUCUAGCAAAGAUACAUCCGAGUCAUUUUCUUCAAAAUGGUUACCUAAGAAAAGUGGUAAACAUAGUUCUGAUGAGUGUGACUUUGAGACAAGUCCUAAACAUUUCUACUCUAAGGAGAAGAGACAUGGCUAUACACUCUGCUCUUCUGACGUGGAAGCCAUGAAGGAGAAGUUUUCAAAGCUAUUACUCGGUGAAGAUGUCACAGGAGGAUGCAAGGGUGUGCAAACCGCUUUGGCUUUAUCAAACGCUAUAACUCAUCUUGCCACCUCAGUAUUCGGUGAGCUAUGGAAGUUGGAGCCAUUGUCUGAAGACAACAAGCAGAGAUGGAGAAGAGAAAUGGAUUGGUUACUCUCACCAUGUAGUCACAUGAUUGAGCUAGUCCCAUCUAAGCUUGUAGAUGGCAAAAACGGAACAUCAUUUGAGAUAAUGACACCGAAACCCCGUGCAGACAUUCAUAUGAAUCUCCCAGCUCUCAGGAAACUAGACUCCAUGCUGAUUGUAUGUUCUCCUUCUCUUUUUAUCAGAAGUUUAACUUCUUGUUUCUUUCUCCUAAUCUUGAUGAAAGCACAGGAGACACUGGAUUCUAUGGUGAACAAAGAGUUUUGGUACUCAGAAGUAGGUCGUAGGUCAGAGAGCAGUAGAUGGUGGCUUCCAUCGCCUAAAGUUUCUAAAACAGGGCUCUCUAGCUUAGGAAGAAAGAACUUGCUUGAGAAAGGCAAUGUUGUUUAUCAAAUCUUUAAAGCUGCAAAGUCAAUAAAUGAAGAAGUGCUUCUUGAAAUGCCAGUACCUACCAUUAUCAAGGAUUCGUUACCUAAGACUGGAAAGUCAAGCCUUGGGGAUGAACUGUUCAGGAUGUUAGCUUCAGAGUCUACUUCGGUAGAUGAAAUCUUUGUGUCUCUUAGGAUUAGAACCGAACAUGGAGCUCUAGAGACAGUUAAUAGGUUAGAAGCAGCUAUCUAUGCAUGGAAAGAGAGGAGUGCAGAACAAGAAAGUAGUGGCAGAUCUCAGGUACGAGCGUCUUGGUCAUUAGUUAGAGACUCGUUGUCUGAGAUUAGUCGCAUUAAGUCACUCAUAAACAAGGCAGAGAGGCUUAAUGGUCAGAUUAAAUCUAAAUUCUCUAAUCUCCCUCAUUCAUUUCUUGAUGCUACCAAGAUUCAAUAUGGCAAGGAUAUUGGUCAUGCAAUUCUUGAGGCAUAUUCACGUGUACUUGCGAGUUUAGCGUUCCGCUUACUCUCCAGGAUUCGAGAAAUCUUGCAAGAAGAUGCUCUGAGUUCACCUGCAACAUCAAGCUGCUUCUCUGGGACUAAUGACAUGUUCAGAACCCCAGAGAGGCUCCUGGUCUCGUCUCGCUUAAGGCAUUCCCUCAUUCACGACAUCAACAAAGCUGAUGAUGGUACAAUGAAUAGUCUUGACUUUCUCAGCGCAGAUCCUUAAGGCAGUAGUUUGUAUUUGAUAUAAGAGCGCUCCGCAGUCUGAAGCUUCUCGUUUGUUCAGAGGGUUUGCUCUUUGAUCAUGGACAUGUAUUAACAUAACCCCAUUUUGAAAUCAUGUAUAAUUAUGAAGUAUGCAAUGUUAUCCACAUUGUAAUCUUAUCUUCAUGAAUCAUGAUUAUAUAAUGAGAUUAUACACUAAUAAUUUAUCAAGGAGAGCCUUUGUGUUACAUGCUUCCAAAGUGUACUAUUAUAUAACAUCAGUACUAAAUGAA